ACCAUAACGUAACCUUUGCGUUUGACAAAAGUCAAAUGAGAGUUUCCAUCUCACUACAUUCACCCUACACACAGUUCCACUCCUCCGGGUUCAUCAAAACUACCCCUUCGAGUUUAGCCUGGUUCUCCCUACCUUUAGUAACGUCACUGAUAUAAGAACCGGUUUUACACCUGCUUAUAAUGUGCAUCCAACAUUCCGAAGAUGGUGGUGAGCCAGCUUUGCUGCAAACCUCAGAUGGAAAUGAGACUCAAGAUGCCUCUGAGGAGCCGUUUCCCUGGGAUGUUGGGGUUUUCGAUGCCCACUGUCACCCAACAGACACAAUGUCAUCGAUAGGGUCUAUAACUUCGAUGAAAGCACGUGCCUUGACUGCCAUGGCCACACGGGCUCAAGACCAGGACCUUGUUUACGAGGUGGCAUCCAGCCAUGGUGUGCAUGAUGGUAAGACGUUAUCGGCCGAGCCCCUUGCACCUACAGAUCAAAAUCGUAUAGUCCCCUCCUUCGGCUGGCACCCCUGGUUUUCUUACCAACUAUACGACGAUACAGUACCAAAUCCGACGUAUGAUGGUACACCAGCUGGGAAAACGGCACACUAUGACCAAGUUUUAGCUCCUAAACCGUCGUCUAAAGAUGACUCGUUCAGCAGUGGGCUUGGUGAGCCACGGCCGCUGUCCGAAUAUCUCGAGGAGACUCGGAAACGCCUAGAGAAAUUCCCCCUUGCUCUGGUGGGCGAAAUUGGCAUCGAUAAAGCUUUUCGUCUCCCAACGACCUGGACGUCAGCCGAAGAGGCCAAGCGAGAAGAAGGUCUGACCCCUGGUGGCCGCGAAGGUCGCCGUCUUAGUCCCUACCGCGUGCAACUAACGCACCAAGCGGCUAUCCUCCGGGCCCAGCUUGAGCUAGCAGGACGUAUGGACCGUCCAGUCAGCGUCCACGGGGUUCAAGCUCAUGGUGUGCUAUACGACACAAUAGCAAGCUGUUGGAAAGGCCACGAAAAGGAAGUCUUAUCCCGCAGACAAAAACGUCAGAUCGCUACUGGUGCAGAAGACUUUUCGGAUGACACAGAUGAGGAUAGCGAUGAUGACGACGUGCCCAAUAGGAAAGACAUACCCUCAAUCCCAGCUAGACACGGUAGCAAAGAAAAUGGACCGGCCAAUUUCCCACGUCGGAUAUGUCUUCAUUCAUACAGCGGCCAUGUUGAACAACUCAAGAUGUACAUACACCCCAGCGUGCCCGCCAAAGUGUACUUUUCGUUUUCCGUGGCUAUCAACUGGGGAGCUGGUGGGAACGAGAAAACCGAAGAAGCCAUCCGGGCUGUUCCGGAUGAUCGACUGCUUGUUGAAAGUGACUUGCACAUAGCCGGCGAGAAGAUGGAUAGCCAACUGGAGGAAGUAUGUAGAAGGAUCUGCCGGAUAAAAGGAUGGGAUCUUCGAGAGGGAGUGGAAAGAUUAGGGCGCAAUUGGCGGGCAUUCGUGCUUGGAUAAAGACAUCUGUUUCUUCACGCAGCGUAUCAAGUGAGAUAUAUUAAGACUUUCCCCUCCCUUCUCGAAUUGAAAGUGAAGACCAUGAUGAACUCUGCCAUCACUCGACUAUCCGAGUCUAUCUAUUGGGUGAGAUAUGAUAUAGGUGCUAUUUGAAUCGAUAUCUAGAAUGGGUGGAAUUACGUCUUGAUCAAUGUAUGU